GUUCCUUUUCUAGCGGAACCGCUAACACGGGAGGUGCACGCCGUCAGCAGUGCUAGUGAAACGCAAAGGUGGAUUUUAAAUAAUACUACGCUAUUAUACAUUAGGCCUGAUAACUUCUGCGAGUAGAAAGCGCUAGCUGAACAGCGAUGUCUCGUUUCUUUGCGACUGGUUCUGACAGUGAGACUGAGGAGUCAUCCUCAGGGGAUGAGAUAACUCCCAAAGCAACUGGGACUACCUUCACUAAACAAUCUCUGUUGCUCAGCGACGAUGAAGAGGACACCAAGAGGGUGGUGCGCAGUGCCAAGGACAAAAGGUUUGAGGAGUUGACAAACCUUAUCAAGACCAUCAGGAAUGCCAUGAAGAUCCGGGACAUGGCGAAGUGUCUGGAAGAGUUUGAGCAGCUUUGUCGAGCCUUCCUCAAGAGUAAGACUAUAGUAGACAAGGAGGGAGUGCCUCCGUUCUACAUCCGCCUUCUGGCUGACUUGGAGGACUACCUCAAUCAGCUGUGGGAGGAUAAAGAGGGGAAGAAGAAGAUGAACAAGAACAAUGCCAAGGCCCUCAGUACCCUUCGACAGAAGAUUCGCAAAUAUAACCGUGACUACGAGACUGAAAUCGCCAGUUACAAGGAGAACCCAGAGCAGUCUGCAGAUGAGGAGGAAGAGAAGGAUGAAGGGGAAUCUGGCUCCUCUUCAGAGAGUGAGGGAGAGGGAGAAGAGGGAGAGGAGGGUGGAGUGUCUGUGAAGAGCUUCUUGAAAAAGAAGCCUACCAGUGAGCCACCUGUAGAUGCUAGCAAGUUCCUGAAGGGGGCAGCGGACGAAGAGUCAGAAAGUGACGAUGACGAGGACGACGAAGACUGGGGCGCAGACACUGUUGACAGCGGCAGCGAGAGUGAAGACGAUGAAGGGAAGAGUGCUUCUCUGGCCGUAGUCUUCCUCAAGAAGACACAGGACGGCGAACGGCACACGAGCGAGAAGAAGAAAGAGGAAAGGAAGAAGAGGCACAGGAAGCUGGAGCGUCUGGAGGCCGAAGAGGAAGAGGGGGCUGAGGGAGAAGAGGGAGGCUGGGAGAAGGUCAAAGGAGGGGUGCCCCUUGUCAAGGAAAAGCCCAAGAUGUUUGCUAAGGGUACAGAAAUCAACACUGCUGUCGUUGUGAAGAAGCUCAACGAGAUCCUGCAGGCUCGUGGCAAGAAGGGGACUGACAGAGCUGCCCAGAUUGAGCUUCUCCACGCCCUGGCUGCCAUCUCCAUGGAGAACAACCUGGGAGAGGGCAUCCUGGUCAAGAUUAAAUUCAACAUCGUCGCCUCGCUUUAUGACUACAACCCCAACCUAGCUGCGUUCAUGAAGGCUGAUAUGUGGAAGAAGUGCCUGGAAUGUAUUGAUGAACUGCUGGACAUCUUGUUUGACAACAGCAACAUUUUCAUUGGAGAAAAUAUUGCAGAGGAUAGUGAAAACUUGGCCGUAUCUGACCAGCCAUUCAGGGUUCGAGGGUGUAUUCUGACUCUGGUUGAAAGGAUGGACGAGGAGUUCACCAAAAUCAUGCAGAACACGGAUCCCCACUCGCAAGAGUACGUGGACAACCUGAAGGACGAGGGCCACGUGUGCGGGAUCAUCGACCGGCUGCUGCAGUACCUGGAGAACAAGGGCAGCACGGAGGAGAUCUGCCGCGUCUACCUGCGCAGGAUCAUGCACACCUACUACAAGUUCGACUACAAGGCCCACCGCCGGAGCCUGGGGCUGCAGGGGGAGUCCAAGUCUGAGCAGGACCAGGAGGAGAGCGAGGGCGAGGACAGCGCCGUGGUGAUGGACCGCCUCUGCAAGUUCAUCUACGCCAAGGAUCGCACCGACCGCAUCCGCACCUGCGCCAUCCUGUGCCACAUCUACCACCACGCCCUGCACAGCCGCUGGUACCAGGCCCGGGACCUCAUGCUCAUGAGCCACCUCCAGGACACCAUCCAGCACGCCGACCCCCCUGUGCAGAUCCUGUACAACCGCACCAUGGUGCAGCUGGGCAUCUGCGCCUUCAGGCAGGGCAUGAUCAAGGACGCCCACAACGCCCUGCUGGACAUCCAGUCCAGCGGCCGCGCCAAGGAGCUGCUGGGCCAGGGCCUGCUGAUGAGGAACAUGCAGGAGAGGAACGCCGAGCAGGAGAAGAUCGAGAAGAGACGGCAGGUGCCAUUCCACAUGCACAUUAACCUGGAGCUCCUGGAGUGCGUUUACCUGGUGUCCGCCAUGCUGCUGGAGAUCCCCUACAUGGCGGCGCACGAGUUUGACGCCCGACGCAGGAUGAUCAGCAAGCAGUUCCACCACCAGCUCAGGGUUGGAGAGAGGCAGCCCCUGUUGGGGCCUCCCGAGAGCAUGCGUGAGCACGUGGUGGCCGCUAGCAAGGCCAUGAAGAUGGGCGACUGGCGCACCUGCCACUCCUUCAUCAUCAAUGAGAAGAUGAACAGCAAGGUGUGGGACCUGUUCCCCGAGACGCAGAGGGUCCGCGAGAUGCUCGUCAGGAAGAUCCAGGAAGAGUCUCUGCGCACCUACCUGUUCACCUACAGCAGUGUGUACGACUCCAUCAGCAUGGAGACCCUCUCAGAGAUGUUUGAGCUUGAGUUGCCCACAGUCCACAGCAUCAUCAGCAAGAUGAUCAUUAACGAAGAGCUCAUGGCAUCUCUGGAUCAGCCCACACAGACAGUGGUGAUGCACCGCACGGAGCCCACCUCCCUGCAGAACAUGGCCCUGCAGCUGGCUGAGAAGCUGGGCGGCCUGGUGGAGAACAACGAGAGGGUGUUUGACCUCAAGCAGGGCAUCUACGGGGGCUACUUCAACAGGGACCAGAAGGGUGGAUACCAACAGAAGCAGGGAUAUCAGAGAGAACAGAGAGGGGGUUACCAGCAGAAGCAAGGUUACCAACGAGAUCAGAAGGGUGGAUACCAGCAGAAGCAGGGCUACCAGCGAGGCGGCUACCGGAACCAGAACCAGAGCUCGUACUGAUCCGGCAGAACCCCUCCCUCACAUUAGGCCCGUUUGCACCAAAACACAGUUCAUGGUCCAUUUCUCAAUUGCUUGUUCAGUGCUAUCCACAGUUUAAAACGAUGCUGCAUAUCUGACUGUAUACAGUUAGCGUAUAGCACAGAAUCCACUUCUGAACAUCAUGGUUUUCUUUUUCAUUUACUUGCAUUGAGAUGACACUCUUGAGCUGGUAAAGCAAGGCAGAAAACUCAGUCCCGAUUCAUAUCAUUCAGAGAUAUGGACAUGUUAAUGAAUGUUAACAUACAUACCCUUUAAAUAUCCAUAGUUAAAUACAAGUUGUUUCUUUUCUCCCGAGUUUGGCCGAAUAGUUCAUUUAAAGAUAGACAUCCGGCAGUUGUGUAAGCAAGAAUAUAGACUAUAUCUUUGACAGUACUUUUACACAGAUGUGUUGGCAGACUGUACCAAUAAGAAAAGCUAGAGGUGAAAUCUACCCCAUGACUUUGAACCAUAAAAAAUAAAGAUUAUUCAUUCAGUUUA